AUGGAGUGGAGAAUGACAAAAUGGGUGGUUGGAAACCACCACACGCGUCGCCACUCUCCGGUUGUGCAAGUGGGAAAAGUGCCAGUGACACCAUCAUCUCCUGCAACACCAUCAACUCCCUUCUUCAGCAGAUUAAAAAAUGUGCAUAAAUUUGUGAUAAUUUCCAAACUUCUAGCCCUCGACCCGUCAAAUCUCAACGGAAUUGAAUAA